AUGGACGCCUCCUCCCUCCGCAUCUCCAAGUUCGAUGGAACUAACUUCCACGCCUGGAAGUUCAAGAUGCAGAUGGUGCUGGAGGAACGGGACCUAUGGGAGGUCGUCAGCGGUGAGAUCAAGGCGGAACAGUGCGAGACUCAGUUGGACCAAGCGACGUACAAGAGGAAGUCAAGAAAGGCGAUGGCAGUGAUCUUUCUAGCCAUGGAAGAUUCCCAGCUACCGUUGGUCCGGUCGGCAAGUGGUGCAUGCGACGCAUGGUCAAGGUUGGAAGACCACUUCGAGAAGAAGAGUCUUGCCAACAAGCUGUUCUUGCGCCGUCGCUUCUUCACGACAAUGAUGGAAGAAGGCGACGAUGUGCUCGAACACAUCAACAAGCUCAAGACGCUGGCGGAACAGCUAGAAGCGGUGGGGGGCUCCACUUUGGAGUCGCGCUCAGACACUCUUAGCUGGGAGCUCGUGACGUCUCGACUGCUUCAUGAAGAAAUGAAGCGGAAGGAGCAAGGAAGUAAAGGUGAUGAAGCUUCGCAAGGUCAAGCGUUCAUCACAAGGGACAAUCAGCGCAAAGGGCGACCAGUGAAGAAGUCCUGGCCGUGCCACAAUUGCGGAAAGAUUGGUCACUGGAUGGCGGAGUGCCCCUCGCGCAUCCAAGAAAACACGGAGAGACACCGGCCACAGCGUGCUCAAGACAGCGGCGACCGCUAUCGAUCACAACGUGCAAACGUCGCUCAAGAAGAAGACUCGGGCGACUACCUCUUUUCGAUCGGUGAAACGACAUCUGCGAAAUCGAGCGACAUCUGGCUGGUCGACUCCGGGGCGACGCAGCACAUGACGUGCUCCAAGAAGUUUAUGAAGAACUACAAAGGGGUUUGA